AGCCAGCAAAGAGGUCGGAUCGGAGCGCCGCUGUCCGGAUUCCGGAGAAUUUUUCAGCGAUUCGCGUAUGGAAAAAAUCGAGUUCGUCCGAGUGCGGAUUGCUCAGAAAUCCAGUGAAAUAAGUGUUUAUUCGCUUGAGCCUGGCCAAUAGAGGCCGUCGAGUGGAACCAGAAACGAGCUGCAACAAUAAAGCGUUAACAAAAAAGUAUAAAAUAAGAGGCAGCGAUGUCCACCGCCGUUGAAACGGGGUCGUCGCCUGCCAAGAGCAAUAGCAACAACAAUAGCAGCGGCGGCAACAACAGCGGCAACAACAAUAACGGCAACGGCAAUCUCAGUCCAAAUGCAAAAGGCGUGCAGCGGCGUCAACUGCGCGAGAGGAAGCAGCGCAAGCUCUACCUGGAGGAAUGGUCGCUGGGCGACGAGGAUGGCGAGGGGACGCGCGGAUUCAGCGUCGCCGAGAAGCUCGAAUCUUCAAAGUUCGCGCAGGCGGGAAUGGUGCGCGAGAUGCGCGGAUGCGAUCUCACCGUCGCUUUCCUGCAACAGCACGGCUUCAACAUACCGCUGUUGUUCCGGGACAAAGCGGGCUUGGGCUUACGAAUGCCCGAUCCGCAGGAGUUUACAGUGAACGAUGUGCGACUGUGCGUGGGAUCCAGGCGACUCCUCGACGUCAUGGAUGUGAACACGCAGAAGAACCUGCAGAUGACCAUGAAGGAGUGGCAGCAGUACUAUGACAGUCCGCAGAAGGACCGCCUGCUAAACGUGAUCUCGCUGGAGUUCUCGCACACCCGCCUGGACAGGUUCAUUCAGAGUCCGGAGAUUGUGCGGCAGAUCGACUGGGUGGAUGUGGUCUGGCCCAAGCAGCUAAAGGACGCCCAGCGGGAGGGCACCAACCUGCUGGGCGGCAUGAUGUACCCGAAGGUGCAGAAGUACUGCCUGAUGUCAGUGAAGAACUGCUACACGGAUUUCCACAUUGACUUCGGCGGUACUUCCGUUUGGUAUCACAUCCUAAGAGGGAGCAAAGUAUUCUGGCUAAUUCCACCCACCGACCGCAAUCUGCAGUUGUAUGAAAAAUGGGUUCUCUCUGGCAAACAGGCAGACAUUUUCUUCGGCGAUACAGUGGAGAAAUGUGCCAGAGUUUACUUAACGGCGGGGAACACCUUCUUCAUACCCACCGGCUGGAUACACGCGGUCUACACGCCCACCCAAUCCCUCGUAUUUGGCGGAAAUUUCCUGCACUCCUUCGGGAUAGUGAAGCAACUAAAAACCGCCAGUGUAGAGGAUAGCACGAAAGUGCCGCAGAAGUUCCGGUACCCCUUCUUCACGGAAAUGCUGUGGUACGUCCUCGCUCGCUAUGUGCACACGCUUCUGGGCCACUCACAUCUGGAAGGUGAGGCCUCGUUGAGCGAGGAUGAAAUGGCGGCCCGUCCGCACACCCAUCUUACGCACCACGAGCUCUUUGGACUGAAGGAGAUCGUUAUGUAUUUGUACGAUCUGCCGCCGCAGAAGAAAAAUGUGCCCAGUUUGGUUCUGGAUCCUGUGGCCCUCAUCAAAGACGUCCGAUCGCUGGUCGAGCGUCACUGCAAGGAUCAGCAAGAUCUCGCCAUUACUGGUGUGUCCGUGCUAAAGUCCCCACCAGGAUCGCAGCCCCCCUUUCUGCUGUAUGAUCGCACCCGGGUGAAGCAGGAGAUAAAGCAGGAGAUCGCACGCAAAAAUGCAGAGGUCAUACGGGAACAGCAGCAAUUGGAGGCGGGCAGAGCCAGGGAGGCCGAAUCGGAUACAUCUCAAUCCACUGGAGUGGGAUCUGCCAUCGGAAUGGGGGCUGGAGUCGAGUACAGUAACGGAGUGAUGAAGAAGGAGCAAUUGGAGAACGGUAGUGGCGUCGCCGUUGGUGGGCACGGAUCGCAGCCAGAGGCCACCUUUGCCCUGCCCACAGAUACGCUCAAGUAUCGUCCACCCAAGAAGAUGCAUUUGGCCACCGCGUUGGUGGCAGCCGCUGCAAGCAGCAGCACUGGGGGAGGCGGACCAGUUGCAGGAGUGGGAGGAUCUGCGGCGGUGGGAAGCAGUCACAGUCCUACCGGUGGAGGAAUGGGCCCAAGCCCAGGAGCAGGCGGCGCUAUUAGUGUGAUUGCCACUAGCUCCAGCUACAUGGAAGGAGGACAAGUUGGAGGGAUCCUUAACGUGGACAACUGUCAUUCGCCAGAGGGGGGUGGCGCCAAGCUGUCGCCAAAUCUGACCGGUACCGGCCAACCAAGACGUCGCAGGACGCGCUGCAAGAACUGUGCCGCCUGCCAGCGGUCCGACUGCGGCACCUGCCCCUUCUGUAUGGAUAUGGUCAAGUUCGGUGGACCUGGGCGGGCCAAGCAAACGUGCAUGAUGCGACAGUGUCUAUCGCCCAUGCUGCCGGUCACCGCGCAGUGUGUUUACUGCCAUCUGGAUGGCUGGCGUCAGACACCAGUCUCUCCGCAGACCAAGCAACUGGCUUCCGCCGAUGGGCCCUCCGCUCUAAUGGAGUGUUCCGUGUGCUACGAAAUCGCUCACCCGGAUUGUGCACUCUCGCAGUUAGAUGGCACAGAGGAUGCGGCGGACGCCAAGGGAAUCGUAAAUGAAGAUCUGCCAAACAGCUGGGAGUGUCCCAGCUGCUGUCGCUCCGGCAAAAACUACGACUACAAGCCUCGCCAUUUCCGAGCACGUCAGAAGUCGUCCGAAGUGCGUCGCGUUUCCGUUUCCCAUGGUCCAGGAGGAAGUGCCGAAGGCCACGUGGAUGGAACUGCAUUGCUGCCGCCCCCGGUGGGCCAGUAUAAUGACUUUGUCUUCACCAGUGAGUCGGAGAUGGAAUCGGGGACCGUCAGCGGCCAUAUGACACAUUGGAAACACGGGAUGAAGCGCCACCAUCAGCUGGAGGUUAAGACGGAGCGAAAUAACAGCUGCGACACCCCAUCGCCCGGAAUCUCACCCAAUGCCAUCGGUGGCGAGUCCAAAGUAGGGAAGCGCCGCAAGAGCGACGAUGGAACGAGCGUUAGUAGCAGCAUGCACGAAAGUAAUGACGCCCCGUGCGGCUCUUCGGCGGAGGGCGCUGGAGGAACGGGAACUGCAAAUAUAUCCACCAAUCAGUGGAGUGGCAGUGGCGGCGGCGGUGGUUCCCGCAAGAAGAACUCGAUAAGAUCACAGCUGGCACAGCAAAUGCUGAACUCGUCUACGCGAGUGCUGAAGAAACCCCAGUAUGUCGUGCGGCCAGCAAGUGGAACCGGCUCCUCUUCGUCCAGUGGAAAUGGAGGCAGCGCAUCCGCCACCAAUGGAAUCAGCAAUGGCAGCAAUCAAAGCGGUGCCAACUCCUGUGGAGCUGGCAACGGCGAGCGAGGAACCAAUAACGGAGGAUUGAGCGGCUCCAACGGCUUGGGCAAUCAGCACCACAGUUCAUCCCAAAAUCUAGCCCUGGACCCUACUGUGUUGAAGAUCAUUUUUCGGUACCUUCCGCAGGACACGCUGGUCACCUGCUGCUCAGUGUGCAAGGUGUGGUCGAACGCGGCGGUCGAUCCCGAUUUGUGGAAGAAAAUGAAUUGCUCCGAGCACAAGAUGUCAGCAUCACUUUUGACCGCGAUUGUGCGCAGGCAGCCGGAGCAUCUGAUUUUGGACUGGACGCAGAUCGCCAAGAGGCAGUUGGCGUGGCUGGUGGCACGCCUCCCGGCGCUCAAGAAUCUUUCGCUGCAAAACUGCCCCAUCCAGGCAGUGUUGGCACUGCACACCUGCCUUUGUCCACCGCUUCAAACUCUGGAUCUCAGCUUUGUGAGGGGAUUGAAUGAUGCUGCCAUAAGGGACAUCCUUUCGCCACCGAAGGAUUCGCGACCUGGCUUAAGUGACUCGAAGACGCGGCUCAGGGAUCUCAAAGUAAUGAAGCUGGCGGGAACCGAUAUCUCCGAUGUGGCUGUGCGCUAUAUCACCCAGUCGUUACCGUAUCUGCGGCACCUGGAUCUCUCCUCCUGCCAACGUAUUACGGAUGCGGGCGUGGCACAAAUAGGAACCUCCACCACAGCCAUCGCCCGUCUCACGGAGCUUAAUCUGAGCGCCUGCCGGCUCGUAUCUGAGAACGCUCUGGAGCACCUGGCCAAGUGCGAAGGUCUCAUCUGGCUGGACCUGCGCCAUGUGCCCCAAGUGAGCACCCAGUCGGUGAUUCGCUUCGCAAGCAACUCCAAGCAUGAUCUGUGCGUCAGGGACAUCAAGCUGGUGGAGCGAAGGCGGAGGAACUCGACGACAGCAGCCAGAAGCUGGCACCACGACUGAGCCACUGACAGCUGGAGAAGGCCCAAUCAAUCUUAAUCAUAUGCAUUAGGACAGCACACUUUCUCAGCCCCGAUCCAGCACCAUGUACCCCCAAUCCCUCGCCGGAAUGCAAGCCAAAGAGAGUCGUCGGGCCCUUUGCAUUGCGUGUGGUUAUGUUCUUAAAUGCUAAGCUAGUCAGGAUAGGGUUCAGGUUUAGGUUCAGGUUCAGGUCCAGGUCUGUUUUUCCGAUACUUUCUGAGAAUCUCAAAACUGUCCUAUUUCGAAGAACAAUCCAUUUUCACGGUUUCAAUAUUUUUAGGUAUUUUAUUAACUCAAAUCUAAUAACUUGUUUAGAUGGGAAAUUGCUGCAAUAUUUUCAAGAUAGGUAAUCAGAAAUGUUAUUUUCUGUUUACUCAUUUUCACCUUUGUGUUCCCCAUUUCCUCAAACCACUCCAGGCAGUGUGAAGGGCUGAGCUUCGGUUUUUCCGAAGUUGACAGAUGCCACCCCAAGCGAACCCCAUUUUAUACACGUAGCCCCACCAUCCUCACACUCGGACUUAGCGUAGUGAUUAAGAAUAGCAUUCCCGCGAUGGUAAUUACAUUUAAUCAGUGUCAUAUUUCUAAGCAUGCAGGAAACGUAACAUGUUAGAGAGCAGCACUAGGUGCACCCAUCCAGCUUAAGUAGAUGCAGCUCGCACAGCAACUGAGAAUCACAAGCGGUGCGUUUCGGGACUGUAAGAGCAGUGCCAGCCAAUGAUGAGACCGAUUUUAUUUGAAUGUCGAACCUCUUUUAAACUUCCCCCACAUUUGGCCUUACUCGAUGCAAAUUAAACUCGCUUUGCGCGUUGCG